AUGUCUGACGUUGAAGCUCCAGUUGAAGUUCAAGAAGAUUUCGAAGUCGUCGAAGAAUUCACUCCUGUGGAAUUAGCUACUGCCAUCCCAGAAGAUGUCCAAAGAGGUUCUACUGAAAUCAAGUUAUUCAACAAAUGGUCCUUUGAAGAUAUUGAAGUUAAAGAUCCAUCUUUAGUCGACUACAUUCAAAUUAGACAACCAAUUUUUGUUGGUCACACUGCUGGUCGUUAUGCUAACAAGAGAUUCAGAAAGGCUCAAUGUCCAAUCAUUGAAAGAUUAACCAACUCUUUAAUGAUGAACGGUAGAAAUAACGGUAAGAAGUUGAAGGCCGUCAGAAUCAUCAAGCACACUCUUGAAAUCAUCAACAUCUUAACUGACUCCAACCCAUUACAAGUCGUUGUUGAUGCCAUUGCUAACACUGGUCCAAGAGAAGACACUACCAGAAUCGGUGGUGGUGGUGCUGCCAGAAGACAAGCUGUCGAUGUCUCUCCAUUAAGAAGAGUCAACCAAGCCAUUGCUUUAUUAACCAUUGGUGCUAGAGAAGCUGCCUUCAGAAACAUCAAGACCAUUGCUGAAACUUUGGCUGAAGAAUUAAUUAACGCUGCCAAGGGUUCUUCUACUUCUUACGCUAUCAAGAAGAAGGACGAAUUAGAACGUGUUGCCAAAUCUAACCGUUAA